AUUGUUUUGCUUUAUUUGUUGAUAUUUCACAAGUGUACUCUUGUUAAAUCAAAACCAAAAGUACAUAUACGUGUGUCAUCGUAAGACAGAAAGUCCCCCUGAAUAUGACUGCAUAGCACUGCGUGGCUAACGACAGAGGGAGGGGGCACAAAACUUCCCAGACCGCGCCCAGCUUCGGUUCAUUCCAGCAGGCAGCUAGUAACUCUCCUAGCGGUGUGAGGAGCCCACACACCAACCGAUCAAAUUAGAUAAUUACGGGAUACCGACAUUAUAGUGUAAACCAAAAGUAGAUCAGAUCAUCAUGUUUAGAAAAACUCUGAAGAAAGACCCGGAGCUCUUUCAAAACGUGUCCGAAGGUCUGCGGCGGCUUUACCGCACGAAGCUGUUCCCGCUGGAGGACACGUACCGCUUCCACGACUUCCACUCCCCGGCACUGGAAGAUGCGGACUUUGACAACAAGCCUAUGGUGCUUCUGGUGGGACAGUACUCGACCGGGAAGACAACAUUUAUCCGCCACUUGAUGGAGCAGGACUUUCCCGGUAUGCGGAUUGGCCCGGAGCCGACUACAGACUCUUUCAUUGCCGUUAUGCACGGGGAGCAGGACGGGGUGAUACCGGGGAACGCUUUGGUAGUCGACCCAAAGAAGCCCUUCCGCAAACUUAAUGCUUUUGGCAACGCUUUCCUGAACAGGUUCAUGUGUGCCCAGUUGCCUAACCCUGUUUUGGAGAGCAUCAGUAUAAUCGAUACUCCAGGAAUCCUGUCGGGAGAGAAGCAGAGGAUAAGCAGAGGUUGGCUCUUUCUCAUCACUCACUAAAUCCACAUAUUGUUAGCCUUAUAGUAUAAUUGCCAUUUCAUUUUUCUCGGUUUCUGGGUAAAUAGAACUGCUAAUGUCAAUAAGAUCACUGGGCCAGUUUGUGGUUUUUUUGUGAUUGGCUGAGGAUGGAGCCAAUGACACUAGAUGCAGCAGGGUCUGGAGAGUAGAUUGGGACAAAAAAAAA